AUGUCAAAACUUUUAUCGGCAUAUUUUUACACGACAAAAGUAAAGUAAUUUUUGCGAUAAAAACUAACAAUAUUUUUAUUUGAUUGAUAAAAUGGGUGUUGAAGACGAAGUUUUGGAUAUUCAAAGGAAACUGGUGAAAAUCAAUUCGGCCAGUGGUUCGGAUCAAGCAUUGGAUCUUUUGAAGACGUUGAAAAGCCUAAAAAUCGAUUUGGACAUAUUGACCAAAACACACAUUGGCAAAACGGUGAAUGAAUUACGGAAAACAUGUGACAACGAAGAGGUGAUUUCUCUAAGUAAGUCGUUGAUCAAAAACUGGAAAAAAUUUGUACCAGCCAGCAAGUCGAGUACUUCGUCGAAUUCAAGUCAAAGUUCAAAGUCAUCCGCAAAAUCAUCACCGUCGUCAUCGUUGAAUAACAGUUACAAAAAAUCUGAUUCACACAAGAACGAUUCAAAUGGUGGUUCGAGUAAUGGUAAUAAAUCGUAUUCAUCAAGUACAACUACUGAUGCCGUUCGCCUAAAAUGCCGUGAGAUGCUGGCCCAAGCUAUAGCUGUGGAUGGUGGUACACCCGAAGGUUGUUCAAGUGCCGAAGAAUUGGCCGAAGAAUUGGAAGAUUGUAUUUAUGCUGAGUUCAGAAAUACCGACAAUCGCUACAAAAAUCGCAUUCGAUCUCGUAUCUCCAAUUUGAAAGAUAGCAAAAAUCCAACGCUACGUACAAACUAUGUGUCCGGUGCAAUUACCGCUGCCGUACUGGCGAAAAUGACACCCGAAGAAAUGGCCAGCGAUGAAAUGAGGAAGAUACGAGAAAAGUUUGUAAAGGAAGCAAUUAACGAUGCACAAUUGGCCACAGCCGAAGGCACCAAAACGGAUCUAUUGAAGUGUGGCAAAUGCAAGAAACGGAACUGUACGUACAAUCAAAUGCAAACGAGAUCGGCUGAUGAACCGAUGACCACAUUCGUGUUGUGCAAUGAGUGCGGUAAUAGAUGGAAAUUCUGCUAAGUGCGAAAACAUCAUUAUUCAAAAAUUAAAAAUACAAAAUCAACAAA